AUGAGUACGAACGCCAUCAGAGUCGAGAACGCCAAAGUAAAGGGUUCAGGUCGACCUCCAGAACAGGUCGCUGAUCUCAAACCGCGCACCGGCCUCCUUGACCUUCCACCAGAACUAUGGUCCAAGAUAGGCAAGCUGGUGAUCGACGACUCACCCCUCAUCACAGAGCGAUCGCUCGAAACGAUCCAAUACUGGAAAACACGAAAGUCAUAUCAGCCUGCGAUCAUACGCACCUGCCGUUCCCUCCGACAUGAACUACUUCCAUACCUCUACAGAACCAGAGUCCUCGUCAUGUGCGGGACGAGUCCCGCUGAUUUCUCCACGGUCGCACGCUGGCUACAUGCCAUGUCCUCAGACAUGCGCCGACGCGUCCGCGGUGUGCGUCUGAGUGCCGUUGACAUAGAUCUUUGGUCCUACGCGGUCAACUCCAAGCUCAAGAUCACGUUUUGGAGGGAGAAGAAUCGGACGACGGUGGAGAUGUACGAGUUGAGGUUCGAGUGA